UUUAUGAAGUUUGGAAUGUUUCCAUGAAGAGAACAUUCAGCUGCAGGAAAAACAAACCAACCUGAAUAAAGUUUACUUUCAAAAAAUCAAAACUGCAGAUACAAACUCAUCAUCUCUCACAGGAAAGUUUCAAGCAGCAGAGAUAAACGAUGGAUCCAACGAAUGAAAUCGUCCAAAAUAACAGAGAAGAGACACCUUUACCAGAGCCCGUGCAUGCUCCUUUAUAUGUACCCGGCUACCCUGAACACUCCCACCAGCCAAGUCUGCCCGGCUUUGCUUUUGGUCCUCUUGUUUUGGUCCCUGUCAACGGCCCUGCAGAGUUCUGGUUCAACCCAUACUCAGUCCCUCCCUCUUUGGUCUUCCUGCCCGAGGUUCACCCUAACUGCUGUCCAGUGCACAGUCAUCAACCCGGCAAUCCAGAACUGGUCUUGGGAAGAGCACCUCAGCAGGUCAGCGAGCAGCUUGAUGUAACACCAGAGUUGUCAGGGAACGAGCAGAUUGAAGAGAAGCCCAAAUCAGAAGAAGUAGAACCGCAGAAUUAUAAACCGGACAAACUUCAAACAAACAACACAGACGAGGAAACAAAGUCAGAGUUUCCUCCUGGAUCUCUAGAGUUAGCCGAACGAGCCUUUGAGGAAUACAUGACGAUCAUGGACUCCCUCAGUCCCGAGGUCCAACAUGAGCAAGACAAGGAUGAAGAGAUGGAGAAAGUGGAGCUAGAAAGUGACUCACUUCUGGAGUACAUGGAAAAAGUGUGCAGUGACAACUUUAUCAGUAAUGUGGAGGUGGAGCUGGAGGUGGAGUUCCUGAAUUCAAUUCUUUCUGGUGACCCAGAGCCCACUCGACUUCUUGCACGGGAAAAUCAAGAGCAAAAGGUGCAGCUGCAGGAGCAUCCACCUUCUGCUGACAUCAAAAUCAAUCCUGGAACUGAAGAAACAUCUACGGUGGAGUCAACGCUGAACACAGACUACCUGGAUUUUUCCUUGAUUUCAAAUCUAGAGGCCAUUGACUUUCCUCCGCUAAACCAACUUCAGCAAGAGGCUUUGGAUUUGAUCCCGGAGCAGUAUUCACAGCCACCUCCUGCCAACUCCAACAGUAAUUCCAUAACUGACGCUGCAUUUACGGCAACUUCACAUUUCAAAGAAACUGCACCUCUCCAAAGAGCUCAGCUGCUCAUUUGUGAUCCUCCAGACACAAAGUCUGACACAAAGCCAAACCAGGAUGGACAAAAUUCACCUCUGAGCAUGAGCAGUAUAGAACCGCUGCAAACCGGUGCCCUUACAAAAUACUAUAACUCUGUUGAUGCCAUGUCUCCUCUUUAUUACGAUGGCUCCAUUUUCAAGGAUUAUAAUCAAUCUUUGCAAUUUCUUGAGAAUAUAUUCUCAGAUGACAGUCCUACGCCUGCUUUGGAGGCAAGAGGCAAUGAUGGAUUGGUGGAGGAACCUGCAGCCAGAAUUCCCACAGGUGAUGUGUCAGAAGAAACCUCAAUGUCCUUGUCAAACCUUACAGGACCUAAACCUGCGGAUCCUCCUGCCUCUGAAUCCCCAACCACCAGUGUUUCAGAGGCCAACGAUGAUCCUCAUGCCAUUGCUGUGCCCAGUUUCAGAGCUGAUUUGUUGACGGUCACCCCAACAUUGCUAGCCAGUCCUCCAGCUCAAAGUGUCCUGGCUUCACCACCAGCUCAGAUAAGGGAGCCUGAGGAACAAUGUAGCCCCAAAAAUAUAAACCUAAAGUCCCCUUGUCUGGAAGACUAUCCAUCCCCUGUGCCAACGAAUUUGUCUUUUGUGGCAGAUUCCCUUGCAGAGUCUUGUGAUCCUCCAAUUGAUGCCAAUUCAUCAGAUUCAGUAACAGUUGAUCAAUCAAUUGAGCAAUCAGUCGAGCCACUAAAAAAAUUGCAAGCUUCUCCUGAGAGUGAACUCAAGGGGACGACAAACGAAGUCCAAACCAGACGCAAUCAGAGGCCGAGAGAUCAAACUCAAGAGAAAGCAAGACUGACCGAUGAAUCCAUAAUAGAAAGAACAGAGGAGAAGAAACCAAGCGAAGGGAGCGCAAAGAAAACAGCAAAACUCACCUCACAGAGUGAUGGGGUCAUUCAUAAAAAACAGAAGCGACGCUCCUACAGGGGAAAGCAGUUAUUUCAAAGAGAGGAGAGUCAUUUUAAAGAGCGGAGCCAGGCAACAAAAACAGCAAAUGCAGCUGAGCAAUUUUCACAGAUUGGAGAGGUGGAACAUCAAAACCUUGCAGGCCAGGUGCAGGCAUUCAUUGUGGAUGGCGGUGAAAAGUGUGAGGCCAACAAUUCCAAUCUGGGCACUCAAAUUGGGACAGAAAAUGCUCUUUUAACCAAAAUGACACAAGAGGAGAAAGUAGAGAGGCUGAAAAGUAAAGAGGAAGUUCAAACAACCAGUUCUGUGAGAAUAACUAGGAGCCAAAGCCUGACCCACAUAACUGAGGAAAGAGUUCAACGGACUACUCGUUCUUUAGCCAGAACCCGAGGGAAGGUGGAACACUCAGAGAUGAAUAGAAGCACAAAGUUCUCACCCAAGACAGACAUACAAGACGACAAACAGAAGAACACAACUAAACUGACAACUCUACCGGUUUCCAUCAAGGACAAGGUUUCUGGAGACUGUAGUCCUGUCCCUCUAACCAAAUGUUCUCUGCAGGGCCCAAGAGUUCGGAUAAAUACCCGUUCACAAAAAGACUCAUUGAAGGGUGAUCAAAGUAGUCAAGCAUCUCCUGAAGGACUGCCGAGUGAGAUAAAUAAGUCACCUGUGAAAAGCUGUGAGAAUAAUCCACAUGUAAUCCCUGCUCUCUCCGCAGGGACCCGGCAACAAAGCAAGACAGUCGCAUCAAGUGAAGGUGGAGUAAUGGGAACCGAAACUCGUGACAUUUACAGCUUACGGUCAAAAACUCAGUCAAAUGUGUCAAAAGGGACAGGGGUUCAGGAGAACAAGGAAGCCAAGGCAACGCGUCAACCAUUUAACCCAAAACCAAGUCCAGAGCAGACAACAGGUGUUAAAGCUGAAGACGGAAGAGGCCUCGCUCUUGCAUUGAGUCCGAUGAAAAGAUACCGACGUGAAUGUGGGGCUUCGGAGGAGAUCAAGGCAAAGGUAAAUGAAAUCAGCUUGAGUCCAACAAAAAGAGGAAGGUGGAAGAGGAGAGCGGAGGUAAACUCAAGAGACGAAGGCAAAGAUGAAGUGGAAACAGCUUUCCGUAAGAUGAGCCCACCCUCAACACGAAGUCAAAGAAAGGUGAAGGACUUUCUCGGGACUCUAUCAGCUCAUGACAGUGGCAAACGCAGCCAGAGAGAAACAACACGUCGUCGACCAUCAAGGAGAAGGUUACCCACAAAGUAUAAAGACUUUAUCCUACUCAAACCAAACGGACACAAACGACAGCCCGAGAAGGGGAAAAGAAAAAAACAUUAAGAGGUGGCAAAACUUCUUGAAAUUC